GGGAACGGUUAGACAGAUUCCAACGGCCACUUUUCCAUUCUACAAAAUACAAAUCCACUCACCGAAUUUUGGCGCCAACAGCAGUAGAGAUCAAAACACACCUGUUUUCAUGUAGACGUGGAACAGAUUCGAUCCAUCAUUUUCAUUCAAAACCUCACAUGAACAGUUGAACGACACGAUUUUCUCCGUUUUUUACCCCCUUUUGUAGGGUUUUAGUUUAUCAAUGGGUGAUGGAUGCGAUUGGAGACUUCAAUCCGAUUGGUACUCUCCGACUCGCCUCCACGACAGCCCGGUGGAAUAUGAUUUUCCGGGGGAUAGAUUCAUACCGAAUAGGAGCCUGAUGGAUCUUGAUCAAGCCCAGGGUGUAUUGACAAACAGGAUCAACAGAGGACCCCAGAAGACUAAGUUGACAAUUGAAUAUCAGCGGAAUUUGGGCAAUCUGACACUGGAUGCAGAAGGGAGGCCAUUCCAGAUGCUGGUUUUCAGGGGCAGCCCCAAAUCAGGUAGAAAAAUAGGCCGUCUAACUGAUGAGAUGCGACGUAGCCAUGAGGAGAUCCUUACUCGUAAGCCCUUGAGACGAUUCCCUAAGAGUGAGUCGUGUAUUCUGGAUGCGCCUAAUAUAAGGAACGAUUACUAUCUCAACAUUAUGGAGUGGGGGAAAACAAACGUUCUAGCGGUUGCUUUAGGCACAAGAUUAUACUUGUGGAAUGCAGAAAAUCAUAAGAUUGAGUUGUUGUCAGAGGCGACUGAGAAUGAUUAUCCUGCUAGUGUAUCCUGGUCAGAAGACGCGAAAAUGCUAGCAGUGGGAUACAGGUGCUCCAGAAUACAGCUCUUUGAUGCUGAGUCGCUCAAGCCUGUGAGAUGCCUUAACGGUCAUCAGAAACGGGUUGGAUCUAUUUCAUGGAAGGGUAACAUAUUAACAUCCGGAAGUUGUGAUAGAGCGAUUAUAAAUCAUGAUGUGAGAGCGAGGAAUAGUAUGGUGUGCUAUAUUAAGGUGCACAAAGGCGAAGUUUGUGGUUUGAAAUGGUCGAACACAGGCAGCAUACUAGCGAGUGGUGCAAAUGACAAUCUGGUGUGCUUAUGGGAUGCAUGCAAGAUGAGUUCAAUGCAUCAUUUGUACCGGCUUAAUGAUCAUAGAGCUGCAGUAAAGGCCCUUGCAUGGUGUCCUUACAACUACAACAUGCUGGCAACUGGAGGCGGCUCGACUGAUGGGUCUCUAAAGAUAUGGAACACUCAAAAGGGAGUCUGCAUCAAUAGCAUUGAGACCAAAUCACAGAUAUGCGGACUGCAAUGGAACAGGCAUCAUAAUGAGAUAUUAAGCGGCCACGGGUACGGCUUUGAAUGUCAAAACCAACUAUGUUUGUGGAGGUACCCUUCCAUGUCUAGAAUAGGAGGAUCAGUGAAUCAUAGAUCCAGAGUUCUCCAUCUAUCCCAGAGUCCCGAUGGUUUAACUGUGGUCUCAGCUGGAGAAGACGAGACGCUUCGUUUCUGGGAGGUAUUUGGUCCUGCAUCCGAUGGCAAUUCAAGGAUCUCAUACUUGGAAAGUCUCUUGUCUCUCAAGACAUCACCAAUAAGAUGACACCCGAUGAAAAAAAACAAGCAAACCUUCUAAUUUUCUGGUAAAGAAUCCAUAGAUCUUAUGUAGUUUUCCGGUCUCCAUUUGUGUAUGAACUAGGCAACUGUUACUACCGUGAGAUCUGUAAAUAGCUUCUGUAAUUUUGGUUUAAUAAUGCAGAAAUUUGAUGAUGUAGCCUUGAGAAGUAAAUGAGAUCUGUAGAUAAAUUUAUCAAAAUUUAACUUUGUUAAAUAAAUAUUCAUUAGUUGAAUUCUAUCUGCUAUGAUUGAAUAAAAGAGGCAUUUGAGGAAACCAGACAAAAGCUUCAAGGUUCAUUUAGUACAAGAGUCAAGGUAAUUAUCAUCAAGUAAAUUAAUACAUAUCGAUUUUGCACCUAAUCACAAGUUGAAUAAAAUCAUCAUCAAGUUGGUCAUAAUAUUUAUUCAAGGAAUCCUUUCAUCUCAGGAUUGAGGCACUUGUUUCAUAACAAGCUGAAAAACAGCUUCUGCAAA